AUGAGCGCUGCUACCUGGAGAAGUACUUUCACCUUCAACAAAUACAGCCAGAUCACUGCUGGUGCAGUGCGUAAAUCACUGAAGGAAACUCAGCGGCUGGCGGCGGAGAAAAGAGGCCUUACUGCUCUGAGAUACCAGGUCUGGGAGAACGGAAAAGGUGGUGAACAGGUGCGGCUGACUUCUCAUUGUCGAUACGUCUCUACGAGUGUUGACUGUUCACAGGUAACUCUCGACCCGACGCAAGAGUCAGACCCGAAAAAUAAGACCGCCGCUGUAUGA